CAUUUUCGAAUAGGCUGGUAAAGAGCGAAGUCGAGAGAUGGCUGACCUACCGAUCACCUUCGGCGAGGUCCUCAAUCUGGGGGCCUUGGGAGUCAACCUCGAGUAUGUAAAAUUUGGCACAUGUGCCAUGGAAAGCGAUAAGUUCAUCACUGUAUGCGAGACCGUCAACGGACAAGCGAACGUGGUGAUUGUGGACAUGGCGGCGGGCAACAACGUCCAACGACGGCCGAUUGCCGCCGAAGCGGCGAUUAUGAACCCCCUCACGAAAGUGAUUGCGCUCCGCGCCGGUCCGCAACUUCAAAUUUUCAACAUGGAGCUCCGUGCCAAGAUGAAAACCCACCAAAUGACGGAAGCCGUUGUGUUUUGGAGAUGGAUUACGCCCAACACGAUCGGGUUGGUGACUGCCGGCGCCGUGUACCAUUGGAGCAUCGAAGGCGACUCGCCUCCCCAGAAGCAGUUUGAUCGCCACGCGAACUUGGGCCCCAACACCCAAAUUAUCAGCUACGAAACGUCCCCUGACAACCAAUGGUUGUUGCUCGUGGGCAUUUCCGCAGGCGAGGGGGGGCGCAUUGACGGGAACAUGCAGUUGUACUCGAAGGACAAGAAGGUGAGUCAAGUGCUCCAAGGCCACGCCGGCACGUUUGCCCACAUCAAGCCCCCUGGCCGCACCGACGAAGCGCAAGUGUUGUGCUUUGCCGGGACCAAAGACGGCGCCCCGUUGCAACUGUUUAUCAUGGAAGUCGGCGCCAACGCCGCCGGCCAAUCCUUCCGCCUGCCCCCUCAGCCCAUCCCAUUUGCCGCGGACGCCGUCAACGACUUCCCCGUGUCGAUGAUCGCGUCUCCCAGCGACGACAUCAUUUACUUGAUCACAAAACUGGGUUACCUGUUUUUGUUCGACAUCCACAGCGGCAAGCCCGUCUACCGCGCCCGCGUGAGCCAAGACACGGUGUUCGUCACGUGCCUGCACUCCCCCACGAAGGGCAUGCUCGGGAUCACGCGUCGCGGCCAGCUGCUCCAGUUUUCGAUCAACCAGCAAAAGCUCGUGCCGUACGUUGUGGGCACCCUUCGCGACUCGCAGCUGGCGCUGAGUCUGGCCACGCGGUUGAACUUGCCCGGGGCCGAAGAGCUCUACUUCACAGAAUUCAACCGGUUGGUGGGUCUGAACGACGUGCAAGGCGCCGCGCGACUCGCCGCCGUGUCGCCCCAGGGCGUCCUGCGCACACCCCAAGUGAUCCAACGCUUCCAGCAAAUGCCACAGCAACCCGGCCAGCCGUUGGCGGUGCUGCAGUUUUUCAGUGUACUGCUGGAACUCGGCACGUUGAACAAGUACGAGUCGAUCGAGUUGGCGCGCCCGGUGCUCCAGCAAGGCCGCGGCCAGCUGUUGCAAAAGUGGCUGUCGGAGGACAAGCUCGAGUGCUCGGAAGAGCUCGGCGACAUGUGCGCGCAGUCGGACAUCACGAUGGCACUGUCCGUGUACUUGCGCGCGAACGUGCCUGAAAAGGUGAUCAACUGCUUUGUCCAGCGCGGCGAGUUUGACAAGAUCGUCGCAUACGCGUCCAAGACCAACUACCGGUGCGACUACACGUUUAUGCUGCAAAAUCUGGUGCGCGCCAACCCUCAAGGCGCGCUGGACUUCGCGCAAAAGCUGGCGGUGGCCGAGAACGGGCCGCUUGUGGACAUUGCGUCCGUCGUGGACAUUUUUAUGCAGGUGAGCCGGAUCCAGGAAACCACGGCGUUCCUGUUGGAAGCGCUCAAGGCCAACCGUCCCGAAGACGCGCUGCUGCAGACGCGGCUGCUCGAGAUCAACUUGCUGGGCGGGUCUCCUCAAGUGGCCGACGCGAUUCUGUCCAACAAUAUGUUUAGCCACUACGACCGGCCCCGCGUCGCGCAGUUGUGUGAGAAAUCGGGGCUGUUUCAGCGCGCGCUCGAGCAUUACACGGACCUGGCCGACUUGAAACGUGUGGUGGUUAACACGCAUGCGAUCAACCACGAGUUUAUCGUGACCUUCUUUGGCACGUUGACGGGGGAGGUGUCGGUGGAGCUGAUCAACGCGCUGCUGGGCCACAACAUGCGGCAAAAUCUCCAAAUUGUGGUCCAAGUGGCCACCAAGUACGUGGAACAGCUCGGCGCCAAGCAAAUUAUCGAUUUGUUUGAAAAGUACAAGUCGUUUGACGGGCUGUACUACUUUUUGGGGUCGGUGGUCAACUUUUCCCAAGAGCCAGACGUACAUUUCAAGUACAUUGAAGCUGCGACCAAGAUGGGCCAGUUCAAGGAGGUGGAGCGCGUGUGCCGCGACUCGGCCGUGUACGACCCCGUCAAGGUCAAGGACUUCCUCAAAGAGUCCAAGCUCCAGGACCCGCGCCCGCUCAUCCAUGUGUGCGAUCGCUACGACUUUGUCGAAGAGCUGACGCAGUACCUGUACUCCAACAACCUGCUCAAGUACAUUGAAGUGUACGUGACCAAGGUGAGCCCGCAAAAGACGCCCCAAGUCGUGGGGAAGCUGCUCGACUUGGAUUGCAACGAAGACUACAUCAAGACCCUCCUCAGUGCCAUUCCCCAAACGCCCGUGGACCAGCUAGUUGACCAAGUCGAGAAGCGCAACCGUCUGCGCCUCCUGCAGCCGUGGCUCGAAGCGCGCGUGUCGCAGGGCAACACGGAGCCGGCCACGCAUAACGCCAUGGGCAAGAUUUAUGUGACACUGAACCGCGACCCGCAAGCGUUUCUGAUCAACAACCCGUACUACGAACCGUCGGUGGUGGGCAAAUUCUGCGAAAAGCUGGACCCGGCGCUCGCGUUUUUGGCGUACCAACGAGCCAACGGCGCGUGCGACGAUGAUUUGAUUCGAGUCACGACCGAGAACUCGCUGUUCAAGGACCUCGCGCGGUACCUGGUCCACCGCCAAGACCUCGAUUUGUGGGGCAAAGUGCUGGUCAAGGCCGUGGAAGGCGAGGCGGAGGCGCCGUCGCGCCGCGCGUUGAUUGACCAAGUGGUGCAAACUGCACUUCCGGAAGCCAAGAAUCCGGACGAGGUGUCGACGACGGUGCGUGCGUUUAUGAACGCGGAGCUCCCGAACGAGCUGAUUGAGCUGUUGGAGCGCAUUGUGCUGCAAGGCACGGAGUUUUCGACCAACAAGAACCUGCAGAACCUGCUCGUGUUGACUGCGAUCAAGGCGUGCAAGGAAAAAGUGAUGGACUACGUGAACCGCCUCGACAACUUUGACGGCCCGGACAUAGCGCGUAUCGCCGUGGGCGAGCAGUACCAAUUGUACGAGGAAGCGUUUGUGAUUUACAAGAAGAGCAAGUGCAACUCGGAUGCGAUCGGCGUGCUGCUGGAUCAUAUCCAAGACAUGACGCGCGCGUACGAGUUUGCCGACCGCUGCAAUGAGCCGGAUGUGUGGUCCAAGCUAGCGCGGUCGCAGCUGGACACGAACAACCUGCACGAAGCCCUGGCGUCGUUCAUUAAGGCCGGCGACCCGUCGUCGUACGCGGCGGUGAUCGCCACGGCCGAGCGUGACAACAACUGGGCCGACUUGAUUGAGUACCUUCGCAUGGCGCGCAAGUCGGUCAAGGAGCAGCACCUCGACACGUCGCUCAUCUACGCGCUAGCCAAGUGCGAAAAGUACGCUGAGCUCGAAGAGUUUAUCUCGGCGCCGAACGUGGCGCAGAUCCAAAACACGGGCGAGCGGCUGUUCACGGAAGGCAUGUUCAACGCAGCCAAACUGCUGUUCCAGAACAUCAACAACAACGCCAAGCUGGCCAUCUGUUAUGUCCGCCUCGGCAAGUUCCGCGAAGCCGUGGACGCGGCCACGAAAGCCAACUCUGUGGGUACGUGGAAGGAAGUCAACUAUGCGUGUGUGGACGUGAACGAGUUUCGCCUCGCGGGGCUCUGUGGGCUGCACAUCAUUGUACACCCCGACCAUUUGGAAGAGCUUAUUUUGAACUAUGAGCGCCGUGGCCACUGGGCCGAGCUGCUUAAGUUGAUGGAGCAAGGGCUGGGGCUCGAAGGGGCCCACGCCGGCAUCUUCACGGAGCUGGCGAUCUUGUACUCCAAGUACAACCCGACCAAACUCAUGGAGCACAUCAAGAUCUUCCAUUCGCGCAUGAACGUGAGCAAGAUCUUGAGGGCGUGCGAGAAGGGUCUGCACUGGGACCACGCCGUGUACUUGUACAAGGAAGACGGCCAGUUUGACAAUGCUGUGCGCACGAUGGUGGACCACCCCGUAGCGUUUGCCCACGACUUGUUUUUGGAUUGCAUCCAAAGAGUGCGCAACCAGGAGAUCCACUACAAAGCCAUCAACUUCUACCUGGAGCAGCACCCGCUCGAGCUCACGCGACUGCUCCAAGUGCUCACGCCCAACCUCGACCAUGCCCGCGUCGUGCACCAGCUGCGCAAGUCGGACAACUUGCCGCUCGUGGUCGAGUACCUCAAGGACGUGCAGAAGGAGAACCUGUCGGCCGUGAACGAAGCGCUCAACGAGAUCCUCGUGGAAGACGAAGACUAUGCGGGGCUUCGCGAUUCGAUUGACUCGUACGACAACUUUGACCAGAUUUCGUUUGCGCAAAAGGUGGAGAAGCAUGAGCUGCUCGAGUUUCGCCGCAUUGCGGCGUACCUGUACAAGAAGAACAAGCGGUACGGCCAGUCGCUCAAGCUGUCCAAGGCCGACAAGAUGUACAAGGACGCGAUCGACACGGCGUUCGAUUCUGGCGACGCCGAGCUGGCCGAAGACCUGCUGCGCUUCUUUGUGGCGGCCCACGACAAGGAGUGCUUUUGUGCGACACUGUUUACGUGCUACAAGCUGAUCAAGCCGGACGUGGCCAUGGAGCUCGCGUGGCGCAACGGCUAUGUCGACUUUGUCAUGCCGUACUUGAUCCAGUACGUGAAGAACUUGAACGACAAGAUCAAGGUGCUGGACGAACGAACCAAACCCAAGGAACACGACGGCCAGCAUCACAUUGACGGCGGCAUCCCCGGCGCCGUGGACCCGGCCUUCCAGCUGGGUCUGAACCCCGUCAUGGCGAUCGCAGCCACGGCGUACGACCCCAGCGCCGCGUACGGAGGCUACGGCAUCCAGCAGCCCCUCGGCUACGGCGGCAUCCCGCAGGGGGGGAUGCCGUUGGGCGGGGGCUACGGCCAACAAGGCGGGAUUCCCCCCCAACAAUAUGGAGGUGGAUAUCAGUAUUAAAUGAUUGAACGUCGUGCAUUUGAUUGACUCUGCGACUGGAGCCACGUUGCUGUUGUUUAUAGCAAGUGUCAUGUAG